CUCAGGGUCAAAGUGUACACAACCCUUUCUUUGCCUCCAGCUUUUCACAACCAACGCGCCCAUCAACUCCACCCUACACCCUCGCAUCCCGUCUCCACCCCGCCUGCCUCCCCCCGCCUACCCCUCCACCAUGGCCCUCGCGCCAAAGACCGUCUCGCACACGCUCUUCGAGAAGCUGAAGCGCAAAGAGGCCAACAAAAGCUGCUUCGACUGCGGCGCCAAAAACCCCACGUGGUCCAGCGUGCCCUUCGGCAUCUACCUGUGCCUCGACUGCUCCGCCAACCACCGCAAUCUCGGCGUGCACAUUAGCUUUGUGCGGAGUACGAAUUUGGAUCAAUGGCAGUGGGAUCAGCUUCGACGGAUGAAGGUUGGUGGGAAUGAGAGUGCGACGAAGUACUUUCAGACGCAUGGGGGUACGGCGGCGUUGGCGAGUAAAGAUCCCAAGACGAAGUAUACUAGUAAUGCGGCGACGAAGUACAAGGACGAGCUAGCGAGGAGGGUGGAGGCGGAUAUCAAGAAGAACCCCGAUGAAGUGAAUGUCGACGAUGUAGGGGAUGAAAGCGAUGGUACAUCGGCCAACACACCUGCUGCUGAUGCCGGCGAUGAGUUCUUCUCGUCAUGGGACAAGCCUACCAUCAAACGGCCUAGCAAUCCUCCCUCGCGAACUGGCACCCCUGGCAUCAACCGCACCGCCUCUCCCUUCCUCAACGCGAACCAGAACGGUGCUGCGUCAAGACCAAAGUCCCCCUUGAUAGGGAGCGAGACUGCAGAGAGCACAACGACAGCUGCCCCACGCGCCAUCUCUGCCACUGCCAUGAAGAAGACUGCGAUAUCCAACAAGCCCAAAGCGAACAUACUCGGCGCAAAGAAGACCAAGCUUGGGGCGAAGAAGGUGGAUGCUGCCGUGCUUGACUUUGACGAGGCCGAGAAGAAGGCGCGAGAGGAGGCGGAGCGGAAAGAGAAAUUAGGCUACGACCCAGACGAGGUGACGCCCUCAGAAUCUCAAUUUACUGCCGCGCAACCCGAGACUGGCAUCACGACCCUCCAUCAACCUACGCCCGUCAAUCCCGGAAGAGCAGGUGGUUUCGGCGCCACGGCCCAGUCGCGGCAACGCGAUGACAGUGAAGUAGAGCGACUCGGCAUGGGCGUGCGGAAGCUGGGGUUCGGCCAAGUAGGCGCCAGUGCAGCGAAAGCUGCCGCCCCUCAACGAAUGGGCUUUGGUGCUACAAGCAAAGCUCCCGUGCAAGACGACUCCGAACGCUUCGCGCGCGACAAAUUCGGCCAGCAAAAGGGCAUCUCGUCCGACGAGUUCUUCGGGCGCGACAGCUACAACCCCAGUGCACAAGCGGAAGCGCGCACGCGCCUGCAGGGCUUUGAGGGCGCCACGUCCAUCUCGUCCAACGCCUACUUCGGCCGGCCGGAGGACGAGGAGGUGAACCUCGAGGACUACGGCGAUUUGGAGAGCGCGGCGCGGGACUUUGUGCGCAAGUUUGGCAUUACCGCGGGGGACGAUAUUGAGAAUUUGUCGAAUUUGGUGGGCGAGGGGGCGACGAAGUUGCAGUCUGCGAUUUGGAAUUAUUUGAAUUCGUAGACGGUGUUGGGAGGAGGUAGAUGGUAUGUUGAUGGUUUGGCGAGUGGGGUGGGUGAGAUUACGUGUUAGACUAAUGAUGCAUUACUAGGCAGUGCUUAGAGGAAUACUGCUACGGCUAUCUCGCUACCUGUCCAUUCAGUCCAAUGCAACUGGUUC